UCGAAAAUGGCGUUCUGUACAGCUGUGGGUUGCGCAAUUUAUAUGUAAAUGUGUACGAAAAUCUUAAUAAAAUUUAUAUUUUGUGUGCUAUAAAUAAUCUAGACACUGAAAAUGUUUCAUAUGCGUAAUUUUUGCGGUCAAUAUUGUAUAGUGCUUUAGUAUUUUUUCGUUAGUGUAAACCUGUCAGGGACCGUGUAUUUUUUGUGUUGUGGUGAUGUAUUAAAAUGAUAAAUAAUGAAACGAAAAAUAAUACGGCUGUGCAAAUAAUGUAAAAAUGAUGGCUGUGUUAUGGGUGAUUUUAAUUUUGGCUUCAACGGGCCUUCAAUUGGUACAAGGAUUGCCUGUUACCCCAGUGCUGCGGGUCUACUACUACCCGCACGAAGCAAAGGUGUCCGAGGAUACAGAAGAAUGGAAUUGGGAAAAAUUGUACACAUCACUGGGGGCGCUGGCAGUGUUGCUGACUUUUCUAGGACUACUAGUUGGUUGCGCCUGGUGCUUCAGGCAUAAAAGCUGUAAGCUGAGCGAAGAAACGGACAAUCAGCUCUUCGAUUCGAGUGUAUCACACCUCCACGAUGUUCGACACUCGCAGCCGCCCGACUCGGGCUUCUCCGAAUCAGUCAACAACAACAUCAACGAAGACAACAACAACGGGCCCAUCUCACUGCGAGAAAUGCAGAAUAUCGCAAACAACAAUGCCGCUGUGUAUAUCGUUAGUGAGAACGAGGAACGAAACCGCAAUAGUAGAGAAUCGAUGGUCGAGUUUGAACCUCUCCCGGCGAGGAUUCGAGUACUUGACCCCCUCGAAGAUUGUGCUGAUUGGUUUGCUGGUGAAGAUUUUCCAAGAAAUCAAUUGCAGUAUCUUCGAGAAAUUGGGCGCGGAUGGUUUGGCAGAGUGGUGGAAGGCGAAACAGAAGAUGGGGCGGGCACCAGUACAGUUGCCGUCAAAAUUCUUAAUCAGAAUGCAAGUCUUGAAGAUAAAGCAAGGUUUUUGAAUGAAGCUCGUCCAUAUAGAGACAUGAACCACGAGAACGUCUUGGGAUUCGUUGCAAAAUGCCUCCAAGAAGAUCCCUGGAUACUUAUAUUUGAAUUAUGCUCCAUGGAUCUACAACAGUACCUAAUAGUGAAUCGACCAAAGAUGGCCAUUUUAAACGAAAGCGGGGUCCCAUUGCAACUCAUGUGUGACGUCGCUUCCGCUCUCGCCUAUAUGCACUCUAGGGGAUUCCUAUACGGAUGCCUGUGGAGCGGCAACGUACUGGUCCGCGGGUCGGACAGCCCGCGCGCUGUCGUGGGCCACUACGCGCGCAGCGAGCCGCAGACGAGCCCGCGGGCGCCCGAGGCCGCGCGACAGCCGCCCGUGUGCACGGCGAGCACCGACAUAUGGUCACUCGGGUACCUGGUGUGGGAGGUGUGCGCGUGGGGCGCCGCGCCGCCCGACGAGCCGCCGCCGCCCGACCUGCCCUGUCCUUACCGGAACCACUUGUAUCAAGUGAUGCAAUUGUGCUGGAACCCCAAUCCUGAGGCGCGACCGACGGCCGUUCAAGUACACGCUCUGUUGAAUCACUUACAUUAUACGCAUAAACACACUAGCGAUGCCACAAAAGACGACGGCUACGCCAGUAGUGAUUUUGAAGACCGGUGGCAGAGACUCAAACCUAACUCGAUACCAAAAAUAGAUGAGCAUGUCGCUAUUGUCCACGCCCCGUCCACAUCUAUGGCAUCACAUUUUACAGGCUCAGACCAGGAGUUUGAUAAUGGACAAACCAUCCAGGAUUCCCUCAGUGUCGAAAUGGAUACAGCCGUCUCUAGAUCUAGCAGCAUAAUGUCAGAACAAGAUCCUCUCUCGAUACAAAUAAAAUCUGAAAGCUUAACCAACCUUCACGGUUCUCUCGAGGAUGUGAGAAAUAUCUACCUCACGCACAACGAAACACCGGCUCUAGAAUGCCAUCAAGGGAACAUAAACCUUGAAGAAAACAAAGAGAAAGAACAAGAUCGCUCAGAUAGCUCUGUUGAUCCUUGGCUUAAAGAUAUAAUUACUGAUAGCCAAGAUGAUGUGAGUUACUAUAAGGAUGUUAGUGAUGUUAUUAAGAAUCUCGAUAACAUAUUAAAUUCAGAGAAAACUUCGAGCUCAGAGUCGAGUCACCAAGCUAGUCCUUCAAGGGAUAAUUUGAGUUUGGAAUGCAAGAAAGAUUAUCCUAUGCCCACUUCGAUGGUCAAGUCUCCAGGGAUCAGUAAUUUUCAAAAUAUUCUUGAAAUGGGUUUUGCUGCAGAGUCCGAUCUAACAGAAGAAGAUGAUGGAGAUCGCGAUACAAUUGGCACACUAAGCCAUUCAUUCGAACGCCAUAGUGAUACUACCAGCCAACAAACCCUCGAGAAUAUUACACCGGAAACGCCAAUUAAAGGAUUAGAUAUUUCUGAAAAUAUUGAAAUAAAACAAUUUACUGAUAUUGAACUAAACCAUAGUAAAAUAAAUGAACCAGAAAUCAAUGAUAUGCAUCAAGAUAGUGACCUGCCAAAAGAAAAUAGUAUAGACAGUAGUGAUAGUAAAGUACCCAAACUAAAGGAAUUAUGUGUAGCCUCAAUACCUAGUAUAAGUGAAACCAUUGAACAAGUGAUUUUUAAACAAGACUGUCAAACAUCAUAUUAUGAUAAUAAAUUAACAGAUAAUAAAACUGAUAGUACAGAAACCAAGUCAGUAGAUAUUAAUGAAAAAAAUGUUAACAAUGAAAUAGAAAAUAAAGAACAUUUUUUUACAAAUAUUGACACUGAAAAACAUAAGGAGGGGAAAAAGCCUGCAGAAAAAGAAACAAUAUUGUCUGUUAUAGAAGGACCGGAAGAUAACAAAGUGUGUGAUACUGUAUUGUUAUCUGAAUGUGAUUCUUCCUGUAAAGAAUCACGUGAUGAUUUUACAUCUUUGCCUGUUACUAACGAAAUCUUGCCCGGUGUUAAUGAUAAACCAGAUUUAAAUGAUUAUAAAUUUGAUAUCACAAAGGAAAUAAACAUUGCAAAUAAUGUAGAAAUAAUUGAAAAAAGUGAAAACAUAUUUGAAGGCAUUUCAGAAAAUAUUACACAUAACCAAGAACCUAACAGUUCAUUGCCGGAAUUCUUGUUAAAAUCUAAAGAUAAUUGUGACCUGGAAUCGCCGUUACUAUUUUUAAAUAGUUCUCCUAUAGAAACAAGUGAAGAUACGAGCUUACAAGUCAAUAAUACGAAUAUUACGAUAAGCAAAUGUCUUACACGAGAUGAUGAUUUUGCCAGUUUAAUAAAUAACUCUAUACAAGAAAAUCAAAAUGAUUUUAACAAAAUUGAAUCAAGUGCAGUGCUUUCAGUAGAUAAUUGUAAUCGAUUUAGUGAAAGUAGUAAUAAAAAUAAUUUAUUAUUAAAUGAAACAACUAAUCCUGUUAUGAUAAUUCAAGAAUUGUCUAAGACUGAUAAUACUGCUGUCGAUAAAUGCGAUUCGAUAAGUAAAUUAAUGAAUCUCGAAAAUAAAAAUGAGUUAAAAUUUACAAAUAAUGAUUUAAGUAAUAGUCAAUAUGAUAGAAAUAUGGAAGUCUUAGAACCAAUCAAUAAUGUUUUAAAAUAUAUAGAACAAGAUAAAGAGCAACCUGAAAUAGUACAAAUCGUUACAAACGUAGAAGUCUCAUCUCCUAUACAAAACCCUUCUUGUCUAGUGGAUGUUAACGAAGAAUGUGUAAACAUAGCAGAUAACAAUAUUCAACCAGCAUUUGAAAACGUGUUAUUACCUGAAGAAGUACAAAAUAGAAAUGAUAGCGAUGUGUUUAUUUCACAACCUAUAACAACAAAUAUUAUUGAUGAUGCAACCCUUAGAUUAGAAAAUGUUAUAAGUCCUAAAACAGACGUAACAGUGAAAGAUGAAUUGAGUGAUAGUACUGUAUAUAUGGAUCUCACUAAAAAUACUAAUGGUAACAUUUUAAAAGACUACAGCGCGGAUGAUACUGUUAAAUGUGUUAUUAAAUCUUGUCUCGAGGCAUCUCGUAUUGAAUCGUCUUGCUCGCUCGUUAAAAAUGAUUCAACGGUGUACUUAGAUCUCCCUAAUAUUAUAAGAGAAACUUAUAGCUUUUUGCAUGCAGAAAAAUGUAUUAGUAGCCAACAAAUAGAGUUUAAGGAUAAGAUAUGCACAAGUACACCUAAAGGAAGUGAUACUUCCACAGAUAAUAUUCAGGAAGUUGAUGCAAAAACGACAGAUAUAUUGUCGGAAACAAAAGUCCCCGAUUAUGGUCUCGGUGUGACACUGACAAAAUUAGAACAAAAAUAUGUACCAGAAAACAUAAGUCCUUUCGAAUCUCCUUCUAAGAGUCACCAUACGGAUACCUACGAUGAAAACAGUUCCGUUGUUUUAGGACCAUUCGAGAAUUGUACACUCGAAUUAUAUAAAGGAGUAAAAUCAAUUGCGGAACUAGCUGAUUUGCCUAAAGAAGAGCUGCUAGCGUUUUCGUCGAAUUUCAGUGACAUUAACCUCGAAACGCCAUCGCCAUUACGAGACGGAAAUUUUCUUAACGAAGUUCCGGAUCUUGUCCCUGACGAAUUGCAUUUCGAUCAAAUUGCAACAAUAAGCGAAUCAAAACCAGAAUCUCAAUCAAAUGAUGUGAUAUCAGAAGAAACUGAAGACCAAUCUUCGACCGAAAAACGCGUCUCACCUUUAACUCCACCUAAUUCGCCAGGAAUUUUUCUCGCAUCGACAUCACAAAACAAAUAUUUAGUUGAUAUAGAUAUCAACAGCCCAACUCAGGAAUCUAGCGCUUAUCAAGAAGCGGUAGAUUUGAACCAAAUAGACCUUCUAAUGACGACAAAAUUAGCAAUGGCGGAGAAUGAAAAUAAUUUAAACAUCGAAUAUUCUGGACCGUUAACUGAGGAAGGUUUGACAUUAGAUAACUCAGUAAUAAUGCGAGAUAACGAUGCGAUACCGGAAUCAUACUUGGCUGGUAAUGGAGGAUCAGUGGAGGACUUGGGAGAAAACCUUGUUAUUGAUGAAGAAAGAAUGAAAGAAUUGAGAAACGAGUUGGAAUUGAAAUUGCCAUUAGCGCAGGUGGCAGGCAUAGAACCAGAGGUGGAGGGUGAGUGGUCGGAGCUACCGCCACCACCCGAACUGGUGCUGACGUAUGGCGCACUUUCACCCAUCGCAGAGGAGACGCGCAUGCAACUCUGCGCGUACGAGAACGACGAUCAGUGGAAUACCUCAAUUCGUACCGAAUCGUCGGCAAGCUAUCCCGAACCCUGCAACAACUCAACUGACGAGGUGACCGACUUACCCACAGCUGCCAACAGUGUUCCGCAACACUCCACUUACACUAUCCAUUCAAAAGAUCCAUCGAACUACACGUACACGGUGCAGAAAGAAGCCAUUAGCAGCAAGGAAAUAACAAUGUCUGCAGAUAGCUUGAAUGCCAGCCCGCUAAAAAAGAUACAGGAAACCCAAUCGCCAAUAGAUGACAGAACUUACAACAAAAACGAAGACGAAAAAGAAUCGAACUGCGAAAGACUUUCACAAGUGUCCCCUUUUCUUCUCAGCCCCACAACGGAAACGUCCGUCCCCGAGAGCUCUGAUAACCCGAUCGGUCUGUCUACGUUCUCUAAAACGACAGUACCUACAGAUGCUAAAUCCUCUAAACCAUCCGAAACCCAAUGCUUGUCGAAAGCUACAAGUAUCGAUUCGUGGUGUUCGAACGACACUCUCUACAACGUAGAAGAAAACUUCGACGAUCUCGCUAUGGAUCCUGAUGUUCCUCUAGAUUUCGAAACUGAGAUUGAGAAAGAUAAAAGUGAAAGCGACGACACCCUUACUCAUAACGAGGACGAGAAGGAAGCGAGCCAUUGCUCGACCUAUAUAAUUCACGACAGCAAAUCCGAAGUGUGCGGUACAUUUUCACCAGAUUCAAUAACCGCCAACGACAACUAUACGUACACUAAAAUGAGAACAGACGUGGCGACUACCACGCCCUCUGUUAUAACGAAAUCAGAUUUAAAUGAUUCUACAAAAAAUACUCAAACAAAAGAUCUAGCGUACGGUACUCUAAUGUCUGGACACCCGUCUUAUUCUAAUUGCACUACAGAAUUAGGGUCCGGUAUGGAAGAAGCAUGGAAACUUCUGCAGCCUGAAUUAGUAAGAAGAUCACCCAUAGGUGACGAAGUCAGUUUUACGCCACCUAAACAGGUUGAGAAGAAGGAAAUUAGUAUAAUGGAAAGUCCGCAACUAACAUCAGAACCACGUAUUAAGAAAAUGCAUAGCGUGGAAAUUACCUGUUUAAAAGAUGAUUCGGCAGAGAGUAACAAAAGUGACACCUCUGAACCACAAAUUGCUCCUGAAACAAAUAAUAGCCCUAAUAUUUAUUUCAUGAAUAUGGCGCACUCCGCAACGAGUACACCUUUUGCUGUAAACGUCGAAAAUAGUGAAAACAUAGAAUCAAUACCAAUUCACCUACAUCACAUCGAAGCAGAAAAUAGUGAAGGCAUUGCUAAUAAUGUCCCAAAUUUUCGAUCAUUUUUUCAGUCAGCUGAAAUCCGACCGCAAGAUAUUUCUUCAAACGUAAGCAAUGAAGCUCAAAGCACCGAAAUUUUGCUAGAGGGAGAAAGCAAGACAUUAAGUCAAGAUAAUACUAGAGACAUGGCAUCAAAAAAUCCCUCAUAUUCGGAUUUCGAAAACUCGGCAACGACAAAACCACAGGAUGUCUACACGAGUGAGAAAUCUUGUCAAAGUAUGGAAAGUGGAAUCAGCUCUGAAGAAUUUCGCCAUUUUGAAAAUUCAGUAAAAAACCGCCCUCAAGACCUUUCUUCGCUAAUCGACGCUAGCUCUCUUCUACUAAACAGCGAAAGAAGAUCUAGUGAACUAGUCAUGGGCAGUCUAACGAACACAGGUUUUGAUCUCACUAGUCAAUCCGAAAGUCAAACGGUCAACACGGAGCCAGAAUCUCUUGUUUUUGUCUCAUCAAAUUAUACAAAUUUAUUAGAAUCUCAUAAUGUAGACAGUAGUCAACCACUAAAUGUAUUUGUUACUGAUUUAGAUGCGGAAGAAGAGACGGAACAACCACAUUCUAUUAUUAUAACCGAAAGCCCUUUAACUGCAUCUAAAGUUAGUCCUAACAGAACUUUCGACUCGCACGCAAAAACUAAUCGUACGGAUAUGAAUUACACAUAUGAUUCCCAUGCGAGUAGUUAUCAGCCAAUAAAAAAUAUAUGGCAAAACGACAGUUUAAAUUCUGAAAAGUUAAACGGAGAAGGCGAAAACAAAAUUGACAGACAAAUCGAAUCUACAAAUGAUCUUGGUGAUUGUUCUUUAACGAGCAAUUAUAUAACUAUUGAACAAAAUGAUCCAGAAAUGUCGUCGUCGCAAAGUGAAAUAAUUUUAAAAGAUAUUGGGACAACUAAUUUAACAGACCAGAAAAAUCCCGAAUCGAGUACCAAAUGCAAUGGAAGCAAUGAAAUGUUUGCUAUCGUAAAUUUUCUGAACGAAACCUUUGAAGAGCUGGUGGAAAGCAAUGUUGAUGAUAAUGAGAUCGGUAGUGAUAUCAACAAAGACGUUCAAACUUUAAAUUCUAAGAAAGUAACGGAAACCCGGUCAGAAACAGAGCCGCUCAAAGAGGAGCCUGUCGAGAAAGAGGCGUCUUGUAAUAAUGGGCAGUGCGAUAAUACAUUUUUUCCCAAUGGGGUUUCCCAGGAAGAAAAACAAAUGGCUUCAGUAACGGAUGACUUUUUAAAAAACGAAAAAAAAUUUUGUCAGCUCGAUUCUUAUUUCCCCCUUCUAAGCGAUAUUAGAUUCACAGGUCCAGCGACAGAAAUAAUGACUACAUCGUUCACUCAAGAUUCCCCAACAGAACCCACUUCUCCUGAGUGCGAGCAAAACAGCAAACCUGAUCCAUCAGCGGAAAUACUAAAAGAGUGGGACAGCGAUAGCGAUUCGCAUUCCACGAAUUCAUCUAGCGGCGAAUUUAUUUGGAAGGACGGCGACGGACACGAGACCGCGGUCGUGCCGUCCACGCACUUUGACCACCAGCGUGACAGCGGGUCCCAGCCGAGCUGCACAGACGAAGGUGCAGCCGAGGGCGAAGCACCUUCCUCUGCGUCCGGAGACUCCGGUUCCGGCUCAGAAGGCGACGAGGUGGAGUUCGUGCCUUCCUCAUGGGACUGUCUCGCCGCGCCCUCCAAAUCGUCGCUCAGAAGCAUGGAACAGCCACAGGACAACAAGAAGCGAGUGGUGUUCAAGCGGCAGAAGUACCACUGCGUGUACGAGUACCCGCGCGAGGCGCCCGACGCCGACGCCGACUCGCCCGCCGCCUACCUGCCCGACUACUCCACCUACUCCGAGUGGGACCCCGCGAGCGCCGAAGACGCAGAGUUAGGAUAUGGACAACUGUUUGGAGCUCCGAAUCCUUUAGACUUAUUUCCUCUACGGGCCGGUAUCGCAUUCGGAGCAGAUUAUGAUGAAGAUUUCUUCAUAUCAUCAUCGGCACGUCCGUUCGAAAGCCUGGGUGUCAUGUCUACCACCAGCCAAUUUUUCCCUGGCAUGCACUACAAGCCGACCCUCGAACGCGAUCUGUCCGACGAGCUGAGCGAGGACUUCCCUCCGCCGCCGUCGCCCCUGCCACCUCCUCCUGCUCUUGUGCAGACCGAGACGCCCUUCCUGGACUUUACCACCCCGGACUCGGGAGUGGAAGAUAUCACUCCAGGCUCGUUGACCGACGACGACUACAAAGUGAAGAAGUUGCCGGACAACGAGGCCGGCCAGUGCUGGCGCUCCGUCGACAGCGCGAGCUCCAGCGAGUCCGUCAGUCCGAGCUCGCCCGGCGGGGAGGCGCUCGGCGGGCUGCGCCACACGCGCGACAAGCUCAAGCUGGACCUGCCGCCCAGCCCGCACGUGCCGUCCCCCCGCCACGCCCGGGUCUUCAACUUCGUGCUCGACAAGCCCAAGCGGCCGCGCGACGACCGGCCCGUCGAGCCCGCCACGCCGCUCGUCAUGAGCGACGAGACGCCCGUCGUGGCCGUGGCGCUGCCGCUCCCACGGGACAGCGACGACGUCAUGCCCGAGCCCACCUUCUCGACCUUCGGGAAGACCGCGCACUGCAAGGCCGGCCAGGCCGCCGACGCGGAGAAGAGCAUCGUCCUCACCGACGAGGUGGAGCGCGCCGCCGCCGUCGACGAGGCCAAGGAGGACGGCCCCGGGAAGGUGGAGCCCGUGCGCGGGGAGGGCACGCUGCUCGACAGCGGCGACGAGGACUCUGGCAUCGAGAGCAGCUCCAAGGCUACACUCGAGCGGGACGAGCCGCCGUCUCAUGUAGCUUAAAUAGGACCGAAUAGAUGUAGAUUUGUUAUCGUUUAUGUGUCCACGGUGUAUCGGCUCGUGCUGUACCAGUCAGGACACGGGGGGCGACGGGACUGAGGAUUUAUAGGAUAUCGGAAGUUAUCCUCGCACCUCGGCCGAAGUGUUCGAUGUGAGCGACGGCAGUAGUGAGUCCGUCGAUGUGCUAUGAUAAUGCCAUUAUAUAUUAAGAUUAUCAACAAUCUUAAAGUUAUAAGUGUUUCCUAUUCGUAUUUCAGUUUUUAUUUUGCAUGACAUUUUUAUACAUAUCUGAAUUCGAACGUUUUAUACGGUUCUAUUAAACUGUACACAAAUAUUAAGGCGGCGUCUUCUAGGAAACUAAACAGCGAUGAAAUCAUUAGUUAAUAAUACAUAAUAGUCACCAGUGAUUCUUUCAACACAACUAUGGUACAAAUAGCCGUGAAUUAUUCUAAAUAUAUAUGUAGAUAUAGCGCUUCGAUUAUUAUUAUACUGAUUAUUUAGGUUAAAGCGAGCCGAUCCUUUGGCGACCGCGACAGCGGCCUACUCAGUUUUAUACAGCUUCUAUAGAGUUUCUUAUACUUGUUAGGAAUUUCAUACGUAAAGUUUUUAUUAUUUCAUAAGUUGUAGUGAUUUUGAAUAUUAUAUGUAAUUUAACAUUAUAUUCGAUAACAUGUUUUAUUAUUAAAAUGUGAGAAUGUUGCAAUCUCUAAUUGGCAGUAGAAUUAAUUGAAAAAUAUCUUUAUAAAUUAUGUAUUUGAUAAAAAAAUACAAUUUAUUACACGUACAUACAUACAUACAUACAUACGUACAUAUGUAUCCGAACAAAAUUUAAAAUCGAAAAUUUAUCGUUCUUGUGACAUUACAUAUACGCACAAUAAACCGCAUCGUGUAAAAUUAACCUCAUCGAAAUUGAGGGUGCAGUUUCAUUAUUAUGGCGUUAUUUUAAACUUCUGCUUUCAUUAUCUGUUUUUUGUUUUUUUAUUGACGUUUAUUUGUCGCUUUAAUAACAUUGCAUGUUUUUUUAACUGCACCCAACAUACAUACAUAACGUUCAAAUUUCAAAGCCAAUUUCUAGUUAAGUGAAAAUUUUUAUUAGAUAAGGUUUAGAUAUAAAAGCGAUGGUGACAGAUCAUUGCGUAUUUAUGGAUAUCUCGGCGACACGACACACUCCAUGUAACAAUUUUUACUUGUAUACAAUUUUAACACACUGUAGUCUUAGAUAAACACGACAUUUGGAAGGUCAGAAGGGUAUAUAAUAUAUUGAUGAUAAUUUUCAAUAAAAUCCGCACGUAAUUAUUUAUUGUCGCGUGUGCCGCCGAGUCGCCAAUAAGUGUGUGCCACGAGAUCGAGUCAUCAAAUAUGCAAUACGUCCAAAUGUGAACCUCAUGUGCAAUUCUUCUCAUUUCCAUAUCAUCGCGUUUUAGUUGUUUAGUUACUGCUGUAAAUAUAAUUUAAAAAGUUAUCGAAGAUGAAAAUUUUUUUAUUAAGGAAAUUUAUUAUUCGUAAUACGUUUUUAUUGUUCUGAACUUAUUUUUUACAGUUUUUAGAAUGUUUCGUUAAUGUACAGGUGUAAAUACGCGGUAGAUGUUCAUUUUGUUGCGAUUACAAUGUAGGGGUAUUGAUUGGUUAGAAUUUAGAACGUAAAAUUUAUUUCCGAAAUUAACUCGAGGUCGGCAGGCUGUAGCGCACUACAGCGCUUUAAAGCGCACCUAUAGGCGCUACUGUCAAAAGAGUAAAAUAAUUUUUAUAAAUUAUCUAUUACGUUUAGAAAUGUUUCCAAUACGAUGGAUUUGUUUAGAUUACCUUUAUAAUGAAAACAAGGAAUUAUUUGAAUGAAUUGUCCAAUAAUAAUUAUGGUAUUUAUUGUUUGUAAGUUGUUGUUUUGUAUGAGCCGGCGGCAGUAUUUAGUGAAUGUGAACGCAUUGGAAGUCUUUUCAUAUUGUGACUUUGUCGAGUCUUUAAAAGUAUUUAUAUGAAAAAAAUAAAUAAUUAAUAAAACUUGUGACU